GGACAAGCUCUGGCGGGGAGGCUCCGAUUUUGAGGUCCUUGAACGCCAAAGAUGAUGCAAUCUGGGGCUCCCCUCUGCAACACUUGCGGGGAACAGGUGGGGUUUGAUGCCAAUGGCGAGGUGUUUGUGGCCUGUCAUGAGUGCAAUUUCCCAAUUUGCAAAGCUUGUUUUGAUUUUGAAAUCAGUGAGGGUCGCAGAGUCUGUUUGAGAUGUGGCACUCCCUAUCAAGGAAAAGCAAUGGAUCAUGGUGACGCAGAGGUUCUGGGGAAUCGAUCUACAAUGGCUACCCAACUAAGUAAUUCCCAGGAUGUUGGACUUCAUGCUAGGCAUGUCAGUACAGUGUCAACAGUGGAUAGUGACUUAGUUGAUGAGUAUGGGAAUCCCAUUUGGAAAAAUAGAGUUGAAAGCUGGAAGGAAAAGGAUAAGAGAAAGAAGAAGAAAAAGGAGGCACCUAAGGUUGAACAUGGACCACAAAUUCCACCAGAGCAGCAGAUGGAAGAAAAACAGCCAUCGGAUGCUAAUGAGCCACUUUCAAAAGUUAUUCCAGUCCCGAAAACCAGACUCUCACCAUACCGGACUAUAAUUAUCAUGCGCCUGGUAAUCCUAGGCCUUUUCUUCCAUUAUCGAGUUACACAUCCGGUGGACAGUGCUUAUGGUCUUUGGAUGACAUCUAUCAUCUGUGAGAUAUGGUUUGCAUUUUCCUGGGUGCUAGAUCAAUUCCCUAAAUGGUCUCCAAUCAACAGGGAAACUUAUAUUGGCAGACUGUCUGCAAGGUAUGAGAGAGGGGGUGAACCUUCUGAGCUGGCUGCUGUGGAUUUCUUUGUCAGUACAGUUGAUCCUAUGAAGGAACCACCGUUGAUCACGGCUAAUACAGUGCUUUCUAUCCUUGCGGUGGACUAUCCCGUAGAUAAAGUAUCAUGCUAUGUAUCAGAUGAUGGUGCUGCAAUGCUGACAUUUGAAUCUCUCGUGGAGACAGCUGAUUUUGCAAGGAAAUGGGUUCCUUUCUGCAAGAAGUAUGCUAUUGAACCUCGGGCACCCGAGUUUUACUUCUCUCAGAAAAUUGACUAUUUGAAGGACAAAGUGCAGCCUUCUUUUGUGAAGGAGCGUAGAGCAAUGAAAAGAGACUAUGAAGAGUUCAAGGUGAGGAUUAAUGCUUUGGUAUCAAAGGCUCAAAAGACACCAGACGAAGGCUGGACUAUGGGUGAUGGAACACCUUGGCCAGGAAAUAAUCCACGUGAUCACCCUGGCAUGAUUCAGGUAUUCCUUGGAAGCAGCGGAGCCCUUGACAUUGAAGGCAACGUACUUCCUAGGCUGGUCUAUGUUUCCAGAGAAAAAAGACCAGGCUACCAGCAUCACAAGAAAGCCGGUGCUGAAAAUGCACUGGUGAGGGUGUCUGCAGUUCUCACAAACGCUCCCUACAUUCUCAACCUUGACUGUGACCAUUACGUUAAUAAUAGCAAGGCUGUUCGUGAAGCAAUGUGUUUUCUGAUGGAUCCAGUAGUUGGUCGUGAUUUGUGCUAUGUCCAGUUCCCCCAGAGAUUUGAUGGCAUUGAUCGUAGUGAUCGAUAUGCAAAUCGCAACACAGUAUUCUUUGAUGUUAACAUGAAAGGUCUUGAUGGCAUUCAAGGACCAGUGUAUGUGGGAACCGGAUGUGUUUUCAAUCGGCAAGCACUUUAUGGCUAUAGCCCACCUUCAAUGCCUAGCUUACCAAAAUCUUCUUCAUCAUGCUGUUGCUUCACCUCCAAGAAGCCUGCCAAAGAUACCUCAGAGGUUUAUAAAGAUGCAAAGCGGGCAGAACUUGAAGCUGCCAUCUUUAAUCUCAGGGAGAUUGAGAAUUACGAUGAGUAUGAGAGGUCAAUGCUAAUUUCACAGAUGAGCUUCGAGAAAACAUUUGGCUUGUCGUCUGUUUUCAUUGAAUCUACCCUUAUGGAGAAUGGAGGAGUGCCUGACACUGUGAACCCCUCCACACUGAUCAAGGAGGCCAUUCAUGUAAUUAGCUGCGGCUACGAGGAGAAGACUGAAUGGGGAAAAGAGAUUGGUUGGAUUUAUGGUUCAGUCACUGAGGACAUCUUAACGGGCUUCAAAAUGCACUGUCGAGGAUGGAGGUCAGUUUACUGCAUGCCCUUGAGGCCUGCCUUCAAAGGAUCAGCCCCCAUCAACCUGUCUGAUCGGUUGCACCAAGUUCUCCGAUGGGCACUCGGAUCAGUUGAAAUUUUCCUUAGCAGACACUGCCCUCUCUGGUACGGUUUCGCCGGAGGCCGCCUCAAAUGGCUGCAGAGAAUGGCUUACAUAAACACCAUUGUUUAUCCAUUCACAUCCCUCCCUCUCGUUGCCUAUUGCUCUCUGCCAGCAAUUUGCCUUCUCACAGGAAAAUUUAUCAUCCCAACGCUCUCCAACCUUGCAAGUACACUCUUUCUUGGUCUUUUCCUCUCCAUUAUAGCAACCAGUGUGCUUGAGCUGCGAUGGAGUGGUGUCAGCAUUGAAGACUUGUGGAGAAACGAGCAGUUCUGGGUGAUCGGAGGAGUUUCUGCACAUUUGUUUGCUGUGUUCCAAGGAUUCCUGAAAAUGCUGGCUGGAAUUGAUACCAACUUCACAGUCACUGCCAAAGCAGCAGAUGAUGCAGAGUUUGGAGAACUGUACAUAGUGAAGUGGACUACAGUCUUGAUUCCUCCAACGACCCUUAUUGUGGUAAAUUUGGUUGGUGUAGUUGCUGGCUUUUCUGAUGCUCUUAGUGGAGGAUACGAAACUUGGGGACCACUCUUUGGGAAGGUGUUCUUCGCUUUCUGGGUCAUUUUCCAUCUCUACCCAUUCCUCAAGGGUCUCAUGGGUCGCCAGAAUCGGACUCCAACCAUUGUUAUUCUCUGGUCAGUGCUUUUGGCCUCUGUCUUCUCUCUUGUAUGGGUCAGGAUUAACCCUUUUGUGAGCAGACCUGACAGUUCAGCCAUCUCUCAGACCUGCAUUUACAUAGAUUGUUGAAUUAGUACUACGAAUGAAGCUUGGCCAGCGAAAUUUUGGGACCCAAGCGGUACUAAUUUUGUUCUCUUUAAGCAUUCGACUUAUGAUCCUGUGUCAUAUACUUUGUGGAGACCUGAGUAUUGGCUUGAGUAUAUCAUAUCACUGUGAGAAAUGAAAAUAGUGUCUUUGUUUCAGUAUAGCAAUUGAAAUUGAAAUAAUAGAGACAAAAUGAUUGACACACAUGUAGCUAGCUGUCCACUUUCUUAAAUUCCAUGACUUUGCAUCAUAUUAUAAGUUUC